CUUGUCCGUCUGUACGUCCGUCCGUCACAAAAUUGGUUUUCGUUCUCUAACUUUAGUUUGUCUCAGCCAAAUGGUAUGAAACUGAUACACAAUGCUUAUUACCACAAAACACAGACCAAGUUCGAAUUUGGGUGGUGUCACUUUUACCGUUCUCUUUAUAUAAUUAUAUGCAGAGUGGGAGGGGCAUCAUGUCCCAUGGACACAUUCUCCAGUUAAUUUAGAUUGUUAAGCACUCUUUCACAAUUGUUGAACUUGAUAAGCUGUAUUCAUAAAAUAAAAGUUUGUUGUUUAUUUAGCAUUUCUUUUCUUUUAGCUCCUGUUGAUAUUGCCAAUAAAACACACUACAAAACCCAAAGAAGAGUAUACCAGAACAAAAUGUAUAACUAGUUAUAUCCGAUAGAAGAUAUUUAGCACUUUCGAAAUUCCAGCAAGAUGGUUAUGAUAAACAGAAUAGAUACAUGUUAUAAUGGAUUCAUAAAAUAGGCAUUUAGCCAUGGCAAAAAGUUACAGUUGUGUUCUCUGCAAUAAGACACACCUAACAGUGAAUAACAGAAGAACUAUAAUAAAUGAAAAAUUAAGAGAUUAUCUGGCCAGGACUCUUAAAAGGAAUGUUGAGAAUGCAACUAUAUGCUUGAAAUGCAGGGCACAAGUAUACAGAGAUAUGAAAACAGUGAUGAACUCACCACAGAUGAGACAAGGUAUAGCAACUUGCCAGUCAAACGAUGAUGAUGAUCCAGAUUUUUUAGCAGAGGAAACAUUACCAUCAGAACUAAUUAGCCCGAAAUCUAUACAGUUAAACCUUUCAUCUACAUCUAAAUCUCAUAGACGUUGUACUGUUUGCCAGAAAAAUAGCAGUAAUCGACAUCGACAGGUAGUUGUACCGCAUGAGGCUCGAACUCAGGCUUUCAUUGACAAAUGUAUUGUUAUACCAGCAAAUAGCAGAUGCUGUCCAAAUCAUCUUUUGGGAAACUAUUUUACACAGGAGUCUAUUUCAAAUAUACCAGAGGUAAAUAACACUACACUUUUUAAUAGAAGUGACAUCACUGAACUAUUAAACAGGGUUCGAGGAACAUUGACAUUAAAUGGCAAACUUAAUUUUGAUUGUUCACACUCAUUGUCAGAGGAGGACUACCAGCGACUGACUGGUUUAACCAGGAAUCAGUUCGAAGCUGUUGCAAAUACAGUAACUGACCUAAGAAAAUCUGAAAUAAGAUCUGUAAAGACAUGUUUGGCCAUUCUUUUAGUUAAACUUAGGACUGGACUCUCCAACUCCAUUUUAGCUACAUUAUUUUCAUUGGAAAUACACCAAAUUCAAAGAGCGACACACGCAGCUAGAUCAUCCUUGAUGAAGUCAUUCGUGCCUUCGUUUCUUGGCUUUCAACAUAUGUCCCACGACAAGUUCACUAGGGACCACACCACUCCAACAGCGAGAACUUUGUUUGCAGAUAAUCAACAAGAUACUGGGAUUCUUGUCCUUGAUGGGACUUACAUUUACCUACAGAAAAGUUCCCACCAUCAUUUUCAAAAGCAGACAUACAGUAUGCAUAAAGGGAGGUCAUUAGUCAAGCCCAUGAUGAUUGUCGCUACAGACGGUUAUAUUCUUAAUGUCCUCGGCCCAUAUUAUGCUGACGGUCAUAACAAUGAUGCUUCUAUCAUAAAGCAUGCAUUUAAGACUAAUGCUGAUGAGAUUAACACAUGGAUGCACGAGGAUGAUGUCAUGGUUGUAGACAGAGGAUUCCGUGAUGCAGAAGAGUUUUUGAAAAAAAUGAAUUUCAAAGUUGAGAUGCCUUGUUUUCUUUCUAAGGGAGCAAAACAACAAACAGUUGAUGAAGCGAAUACAACGCGACUGGUGACUAAAGUUCGCUGGGUAGUGGAAAGUGCAAAUGGUAGAAUAAAACAGUGGAAAUUUUUGGAUAAAGUUGUUGCCAACCACUACGUGCCACACAUUGGGGACUUUGUAAGAAUUGUCUGUGCACUUGUCAACUGUUUUAGACCGCCUCUUAUAAAUGAUUUCGGCAAUGAUGACAUAGGUAAAGAAAUGAUUGAAAAGGCACAACUAGACAACCAUGUAAAAACAUAUGUAGAGGAGCACAACCUUUUGAGAAGAAAAACUGUCUACAAAGAAGUUGAUGGUGCGACUGAGCUUGAUAUGUUUCCCAGAAUAUCUCUAGACCAUCUUAGACAAAUUACAAUGGGUAUUUACCAAAUCAAAUCAGCUAAAAGGUACACGGAUGCCCAUCAGGAGGACGACAACUAUGCAUUGUUCAUUUGCAAGGAUAGGCCAGAUCUGUUGCGAGUAAAGAUGCACUCUCGCCAUUCAUCUUCAAGAUGCUACCAUUUGUGGUUGGAGUACGAUGAAAAUGAAGUCACUGGUUGGUACUGUACUUGUAAAGUUGGGUCACGUAUGGUUGGGUGUUGUGCCCACAUCGCAAGCGUUGUUUGGUAUCUUGGAUAUCAUAGGUGGAAUAUUGGGGCUGCUCAAUCUGUCAAUGCUUCCGGAAAGUUUUCAAGUUCCAUACUCAAUGCUAAAGAUGUUCCUGAAGAGUCCGAUCUGUCUGACGUAGAAAGUGUUGAUUCAUAUAUAGAAGAAUAACUUACAAUCAUAAUGAAUUUAACCGUAGCUAAGAAUGACUUGAACAAACGCCU